AUGAUCGACUCGGUGAAGGUGCGCCGUGACUCCGCGGCCGACUUCUUCUCCCGCUACGAGUACCUGUGCGCGCUGCAGGACGCGGUGCCGCUGCCCGCCGUGCGCGCCAGCCUGCGGGAGGGCGUGCUGGACUUCGACGCCGACCGCCUCGGCCUGGGGGACUGGACGCCGCUCCUCAACACGCUCAAGAUCAACAAAGACCUGCCCCUGGUCUCCAUCAAGAGCUUCUUCCCGACCGGGCUCGGCGAACCGGGUUCUGAUAGAAGUAAAGUUUGCAGAAGUCGAGUUCCUGCAAUAAGAAACAAAGAUGUGACCUUCCAGCUAUGCAAAGCUCUUAAAUGCUGUUUAAGUGCAUCAAAUGCUCUAAAGCACCUGGAACUAAAUGGACUAGUUCUGAGAGAGAGAGAUUUAACUAUUUUAACCAAGGGAUUGAAUAAAUCAACUACUUUGGUGCAAUUGUCUCUUGCAAAUUGUCCGAUUGGAGAUGGAGGUUUAGAAAUUGUCUGUCAAGGUAUAAAGAACUCUGUCACUAUUAAGGCAGUAAACUUCACGGGGUGUAAUCUGACAUGGCAGGGAGCAGAUCACAUGGCCAAGAUCUUAAAGUAUCAGACCAUGAGAAGACAUGAAGAAACCUGGGCUGAGAGUCUUCGGUACCGGAGACCGGAUCUUGACUGUAUGGCUGGCUUGAGGCGCAUCACUUUGAAUUGCAACAUGCUCAUUGGUGACUUGGGUGCAAGUGCUUUUGCAGAAACUCUUACUGAGGAUUUAUGGCUUAGAGCACUUGACCUGCAGCAGUGUGGCCUCACCAAUGAAGGAGCAAAAACUUUACUCAAGGCCCUUGAAAACAAUAUAACUCUAGUUAUUCUGGAUAUAAGAAAAAAUCCACUUGUUGAUCAUUCUGUGAUGAAAGCAGUUAUCAAAAAAGUUCUCCAGAAUGGAAGCAGUGCCAAGUCAGAGUAUCAAUGGAUAACUAUUCCAUCAGUGAAAGAACCAUUGAAAAGUGCCAAACAGAAAAAGAAAACUAUAAUUCUGGGAAGUGGUCGAAAAGGAAAAGCUACUAUUAGAAUUGGAUUGGCUACAAAGAAACCUGCAAAUAAUGGAAGGAAACACUCCCUUGGGAAAGACAAUUAUGCUCCUGAACCUCUGCCGCCUGGCGUGUCUGGUUUCCUGCCAUGGCGUACUGCAGAACGUGCAAAAAGGAACAGGGGUUUCCCAUUGAUCAAAACUCGUGAUUCAUAUAAUCAGUUGCAGCAAUUAGAUUUUCCCGUGACUGUGACAGUAGAGAGUCCUUCCUCCUCAGAAAAUGAAGAGGCCGAUGAUUCUUCAGAAAGUGUUCAAGAAGAACCUGAGAAAACAAGUUUAAAACAAGAAGCAUUACAGGGAAAACUGGAUGAGUGCCUAAAUCAGUUAAAGGAAGAAAGAGUAAUAAGGCUCAAGGCUGACAAACGAGUUAGUGAGCUUGAACAUGAAAAUGCCCAGUUAAGAAAUAUAAAUUUUUCUUUGUCUGAAGCCCUGCAUGCACAGUCCUUGACAAACAUGAUCCUGGAUGAUGAAGGUGUUUUGGGCAGCAUUGAGAAUUCUUUUCAGAAGUUCCAUGCUUUCUUGGAUCUCCUUAAAGAUGCUGGGCUUGGGCAGCUUGCCUCAUUAGCAGGUAUAGAUCCGUCAGAUUUUAAUUUAAUAGGUCGUCCACAGCUGCAUUCCACUCUCACUGGUCCACCUAAAGAAGAAAAGAAGGCACUUGAAGAAGAAAAACCAGAAUCAACGCAGAAUGCCCUAGGACAAAUGCAAAAUAUUCAAGUUUCUAUUUGUAUGCAGUCAGCUUACAAUGAAGGAACACUAAUGAAGUUUCAGAAAAUUACGAGUGAUGCUACCAUUCCUUUGCCCCUCGACGCCUUACAAGUCCAAGUUUCUACUCAGGAGGCCUUAGAAACUUCCAAAGACAUCAUGGGAGUCGAAGCCACUGGGCAACGGCAGGAGUCUUCGGAGGGAGUCAUUGGUAGAACAUGUUCUCCUUCAGCAGAUGGGAUUUCUGGACCUGGAAGUCAAAGAAAAGACGAGUUGUCUAGAAAUAGAAGAUCUUCUUCAGAGAAAAUAACCAAAACAGAUUGUUAG